ACGACGUGCUACACUACGAUCAUGGUUUUUCACAUGCCUCUGCACUCCAGCCCAGCGAUAAAGAAAACAAAUCUAGCUCUGUGGAGAGCAUGGAGGACAUUCAAGUUCAGCCCGCUCUCUUCGCUCGCCGGUCGUGGUUCUGAGGACACGUCUGAAGAAAUGUCUGCUGUUUCACCUGAAAAACCCCCUCACACACCCGUUAUGCUCAAAGAGGUGCUUCAUUACUUAGACAUCCAAGCAGGGCAGGUGGUCCUGGACAUGACAUUUGGAGGUGGUGGUCAUACCAAAGCAAUACUGAGCGCGGCUCCUGGAGUCACCGUUCUGGCCUUAGACCGAGAUCCCACAGCCAUCUCUCUGGCCCAGCGGUUAGCCGAGCAACACCACGGCCGUGUGAAGCCGCUGCUCGGCCGGUUCAGCGAGCUUGAAGCCCUGCUGUCUAACAUGAGCAUUAAGCCAGGCAGCAUUGAUGCCGUCCUGUUGGACGCUGGCUGUUCCUCCAUGCAGAUGGAUCAGGCGGAGAGAGGCUUCGCCCUCAGCAAGGAUGGUCCCUUGGAUAUGAGAAUGGACGGCGAGAGGUACCCCGACAUGCCCCGCGCUGCUGACGUUGUGAAUACCUUAGAUCAACAGGCUCUCGCAUCCAUCCUCGCCGCAUACGGGGAAGAGAGACACGCCAGGAAAAUAGCUUCAGCCAUUGUGGAGGCACGCCGUGUCAACCCCAUCACCCGGACGCAGCAGCUGGCCAGCGUGGUGGCAGGGUCGUUCCCCGCCGCCGUCGUCCAUGCCCGUAGAGACCGGCUCCACCGGCCCGCCCACGUGGCCACCAAGACUUUCCAGGCUCUGCGUAUCUUUGUGAACGACGAGCUGAACGAGCUGCACGCGGGACUGCGCGCCGCCCGGACGCUGCUGAAACCCGCAGGCCGCCUCUGCGUGAUCACCUUCCACUCACUGGAAGACAGACUGGUCAAGCGUUUUCUGCAGGGAGAGGACUUAUCUAAUUUGGAGCAGGACCACUUCAGCCCAAGAAAGCACGCCUCCAGGAAGGAUAAGAAGCUGGCAGGUGAUGAAAGGGGCGGUGAAAACGCCGUCUGGGUUCCACUUCGCAGGAAAGUGAUCAUCCCUGAAAAGGAAGACGUGAGAGAGAACCCCCGAGGACGCUCGGCCAAACUCAGGGCCGCCGCGCUCAGACACUGACUGAGCAACGGCAAUUACACCAAGACUCAGUUUGAGCUUUAGCAAUUUUUAUUUUUUCAACCAAAAUUAUCCACUUGGAUUCUCUGCAGGACAAUACCUCAGAUUGACUUGACCAAAAUGAAGCCAGUGAGAAUGUCUGUUCGGCACUGGAUUCUUCUGCUGGCAGGUUUUUACACUGUAAAGAAGCAAGACAGACGUGAAUCUGUCCUCUGGCUGCAUUUGAAGUUC